GUCUAGUCGAACGUUAGGUGAUAAGGAUCGACAUAGCACAGGCACAGACUGAUAGCUGAUAGGUAUUGCAGGAGCACAUUUCAUUUCACCUGUGGAAGCGAGCGAGGCAAGGCGCGCACUGCUGGCUGCCGGCGAUCGGCGAGGAGCGAGCAACCAACGCGUAAUCUCCGCGCAUGCGCACUGAGCGCCACUAAAAAAUGAAUUCCUGGUUCCCGCACUGUGUGACGCGCGCCCGUCGCCGCCGCCGCGUUUCGCCGAUCUUGCGAGUACCGGGCCGCACCGGGGUGUGGCCGUGGGCCGUGGCCCGUGGGUGCAGUGCAGUGAGCGUGCUGCAGUGUAGUGCGGCUAGCGUGCGGCUGCGGCACGGCAGCAGCAUGCGGCAGGCCUGCUAGCGGCCGCGGAAUGGCGCGCCGCGCCGUCCGCGCCCGCGCCCCCUGCUCCACGCACGAACCAUGACCGACCUGCAGGCCACCUUCGAAUUCUCCGUGGAACUUUACAAGUUCUACAAUGUCGACCUUUUUCAAAGAGGACUUUACCAAGUCCGUGUGGGGCUCCGCGUUUCCCCCAAGGUGCCGGUGCACAUUGAGGCAUCAGUAUCCAGCGGCAAUGGCGCCGCGAGGACGGGCCGCCCUGCCGCCAACGCCUCGCUUAUCGGAGGCCUGGCUGCCUCCAGGGCAUUCCAAAUCAUGUACAGAAAUGAGGAGGUCACGCUCCGGGAUAUUGUGCAUUUCAGAGCGCAUCUCUUAGUCGACAGCCGCAACCUCAAGGACUCCUUGGAGCGAGCGGAAUGGAGUCUCGGAGUGGAGCUCUGGUGCAGCGAGGGUGCGCAGUCGAACACCCUCGCGCCGGUUUCCUGCAGGGUGUUGAAGCUGCACUUUCAGCCGUCCAACGGCCUGCACUACCACUUGCCGGUGCUGUUCGACUAUUUCCACCUCUCGGCCGUCUCCAUCACCAUCCACGCAAGCCUUGUAGCUUUGCAUCAGCCUUAUAUCAAUGCACCGCGCUCGAGUAAGCAGUGGGGCAAGCUGAUGAAAAGUGCUGGCUCCAACUUCAACACUUCCGGCAGCUUCGAGAAUGUGCUCUUCGGCUCCGCGGGGAAAUGCACCGGCGGAAACUCCAGCAAAAUUGCGCACGCUAGGCAAGUGCAUGCUGAAGUCUGUGGAAUCCUCCUGGGUUCUCUGGAGGGGUUGCAGACUGCUCUGUCGAUAUGUGGCUCAGCAGGAGUGCUGCUCACGCCUGAGGAAUCAGCCAACAACUCCGUCGUCGGGGAAGUGGCACAACGUCUGAAGGAUCUGAACGACAUUGGCAAGAAAUCGGAAGCAGGUGAAGAGGAGGAAUGGGCAAUGGGUCUAGCGCACGACAUCGCCCGUCUCUGCGCCGAGGUGACGCUGCGGUGGCGCGCAUUCCUGCACCACACCUCGGACAGGCCGCACGUGCACCACGCGCUCGCCGCUAGGCACCACGCGCUACGCAUCAAGCGCUUCGCCGAAUGCUUCUUCGUGUUGGACAACCCACGGCACUCGCUCGCCGGCUGCUACGACAGCAACUACCAGUCGUACCAGAGCGUGGGUGAAGCAGUGCGACGCUCGCGUUAUUUGGCACUGCUGCCACCACUACCGGUGCACUGCAUCGCACUGGACGGUGACCCGCAUAUCAUGCCGAUCAUAUUCGAAGACAGAUAUCAAGAUACUGCUGAGUUUGCAAGACGUCGUUCAUUCUUGAAUUCCAACGCAAAUAAAUCGGGUAGUGAUCCCUUUUUAUGUACGGAAUCAAUGGGAGAAGAUUGUGCCUGUGGUGUAGGUCCUCUUAUGGAUUCCAGAAGACCAUCAUCAGAAGCUUCUAGAGUUACGCUUACGUUACCUAAAACAAUUUUAGACGUUCUCGAACCACAAUUCAAUACACCGAAAAGUAAUAAUAGCGUGGUACAAGCUACCUUGACUCUUGCACCACAAAAAUCUGCUCGAGGCUCCCCAAAAAGAACCCUAGUAAAACAAAAUGUGGUUGAAGUAACCAAGGCAUAUAAUAAGCAAUUAGAACUGACCGGAAGGAAUAGAUAUAUUGUACAAAAUAAUCAAAUUAGUGAAAUUCAACUACCGCCUAACAGUGCAUUUGCUUCAUGCUCUAUACAACAAGGUCAACAAUUGUCUAGGUACUCUGCUUCCACUUUAUUAGAUAUGAAUGCAACGAAAAGCAAUACCAAUAUUUUGCAUUCAGGUAGAGAUUUAAAUGAUACCAACGAUUUUCGACAGAAACAUGAAAUUACAAGUGGAGUGAGUACCCUGCCUGCAAGACAUAGCAAAUCUUUAGACCAAUUACGAGUUGCUCAGAUGACACCUUUUAGCAAUUCGCAAACUUUAACAAAAACUGUUAAGAAUAGUUCUAAUACUUCUGUUAAUUAUCCAAAACCCUAUCAUCAACAUCAUCCCCUACAACAAGUGAAACCUAGUACUCUCCCACGCAGUGUUACUACUACAGCAUACCCAACGAGCACAACUACCAGAUGUGGUACUAAAGGCGAUGACUAUAGAAGAAACAUAAGCGAAUUCAGAGAAAAAUAUAAAAAUCCUUGUAAUCUCGUUAACCCUCAUGGAAUGAACAAUGAAGUGUUCCAUAAUGUAGGAUAUAAGUAUGAUGGAGGGAUGAAAUGUAAUCCUAAUCAAGUGUACGGUUAUACAUUCGGUAAUCAGGGUACUCUGCCAGUGAAUAAUGUUAUUCGUAAUCCGUUAGAAUUUCAAAGAGGCUACAAUGUAAAUUUACCCCGUCCUAUGUUGCCUCCGCGUAACUCAUACCCACCAGUAAGUGGGAAAACCCAAGCGACUGAUCAAAAUAACUUAGUUUCUAAUAAACACGUUCAUAGGUCAAACUCUACGCACGUGUUUCAUCAAAAUGUGGAAAACCAACAAAUUGAUAUAGAAGCAGCACGGAACCAGUUACGACAUGAAUUGAAUUAUUAUCUUCAAAAGGGUGACUGGAGUUACGACUUUAAUACUGGAAGUUUAAUACAAAACUAUCAGAAAAAAUCUAGUAAAAGUAGCGAUGAUAGUGGAUUCGUCAUGACAUUGGACAGAAGCAGUGAUUGUACUUCCAAAUCAACGUAUUCUAAAACUCCUCCUUCGACACCACAUUCUACAAUGCCUUCAGUACGGCAUAAAAAGAGUCGCUCAAAAGAAUCCAAGUUAAAUAAUAGCGCCAAAGAGAAUGCCAAAGUCAAUUCGAGUCGUGAUUCACUUAGCAGUCAUCAUUCGAUCAGAUCAAGGGACAGUAAAUCAGACCGUCAAACCUCGAAGUCAGAACGAAGUACCCCAAAGUCCGAUAGAGGUACACCAAGAUCUGGAAAAGCUACUCCAAAAUCAGGAGGUAUUACACCAAGAUCAGGAUUAGCUACUCCGAAAUCUGGAAGAACUACACCAAAAUCAGGCAUGGCAACUCCAAAAAGUGGAAGAUCCAGUGGGAGACCAGAGAAACGUUCGAAACAUAAAGCUUCGGAAAAGAUGACUCAACUUAUGUCUGAAGCGGCAUCGUCUUCUAGUAAUGAAAGCAUACCAUUUGAAUUGCGUAGACUAGAGUCAUCUGCUAGUGUUCCAUAUAGUCUUGAUCAUGGUCCUGAAUUAUUAAGGCAUUGCCGAAGUGCUGCAUCCGUGUUAGAUGAACCAAAUAUAAACAACACUUUCGGUUCAGAAUCAUUACCAAAUCUAGCACCUCCUCCAGCGUUCGAAUCACCUCCUUUAGACAUAGCAGAUAAAGAUUUUAAAAUUUUGCCUCCAGAAAAUUUCUCUAAUAAGGAAGAAAAACGCAGCCAAAGUAAUUCUACGUCAAGUCUCAGUGAACAAAGUGGUUGGGUAUCUAGUGGACGGAGCUCAGGUCCAUCGUCGCCAGAUAAUGCAAGUAGUCAAUUAAAUCAAACCUUUACAUCUCCUGGAAAUCCAACCACGUCAAAAUCUGCUCCUCAAAAAUACGAAGAAGAAGCAAAACCAAAAAAAGUUGAAGGUGAUACUAUUAGUGAUUUUAAGAGAACUAUUUUAAAUGGAGAGCAGUUAAGGGAACGUUUACUGAAACUGGCUGUGAAAGUAGCACAGAAUAAUACGAAUGAGAAAAUAGAAUGCUGUGAUAAAGAAGUUUGUGAAGAAUGUACCAUAUGUAGCGACUCCAUUUGCACAGACAGCCAAUGUGAAUAUAAUAAAUUAAUGCAUAGUAACGGCAUAGAUGCUGGGUGUAGUUCUGACACAUGUACUGCGAGUUGCUUACAACAGUUUUCUGACGUACCUUCAGCGAAAGCUAAUCAACGACAUAAUUCUUUUAGCGCUGGUCAAGGUAAAUCGUACAGUUCAAGCUCUAAAUCAACGAAUGAGGGAACUGUCAAGAAGUCCCAGACUAUUGGUGACAACUUACAUCCUUAUAUUCGUAAGGAAAUUCCUUCUAAAGCCCAACCUGCACCCACACCAGCAGCUGGAACUACAGCAACUGCAAAGUCAAGUUCAAUUAACAAAACUAAACUCAGGGAUAGAAUAGAAUAUACCGAGAAAUUAAUUGCAGCAGAAAUACUAAGCCUUACAGUUGACAGAUCAUGUAAAUCACAUAAUGGCAAAAAGGUUCAAUCGGGACCUGUCUCUGCAGUUCAAAAACUCCAAAAUAAAGCGCGAUCUGAAGUUGAUCUAGCCCAUUUCAUAGGUGAUAAUGAUUAUGAACAUUUACCUCCUCCUCAGCAGUUUAGAGACGCCCCACCACCCCCUGAUGAAUUUAAGGAUCCACCUUCAAAGUCACCGAAGCUAAGUAGACAAAGCAGCAAGUCCUCAACGCCCUCGAAAACACCUCGAAAGCAAUCAGCUCAACCAUCCCCACUGCAGUUGGAUAAUCCGUUAUACCAUGUUUGUGAAGAACCACGUGAAAGCAACCUCAUUAGUAUUUUUGGCUUGGCUGAAUCAGAACGACUCUUCGUUAAAUGUAGAGAGGAAUUCCGGCAAAGUGUCAAGUAUCCCGGCGCUAUUUAUUCCGACUUUCCACCACUAGAAAACUCCUUGCCUUACUUCCAUAUCAGCGAUGAAUACAGAAUGUUCAAUCCUGAAGGUUUACACCUUAUAAUCUGCGUACAUGGCUUAGAUGGAAACGCAGCAGAUCUGCGAUUAGUGAAGACUUAUCUGGAGCUAGGACUUCCAGGAGCCAGAUUAGAUUUCCUAAUGUCUGAAAGGAAUCAAGGCGAUACAUUUUCAGAUUUCGAUACGAUGACUGAUAGGCUUGUUCAAGAAAUACUGACCCACAUACAGAAUUCGAGCGAUCCCGCUAGAAUCAGUUUCGUGGGUCAUUCAUUGGGCACGAUCAUUAUAAGAUCAGCGCUCGCUAGGAAAGAAAUGAAGCCUUUCCUAGGAAAACUACACACGUUCCUUUCGCUAAGCGGACCUCAUCUGGGCACACUUUAUAAUUCAAGUGGCUUAGUAAACGCAGGCAUGUGGUUCAUGCAAAAGUGGAAAAAAUCCGGUUCCCUACUACAGUUAUCUUUACGAGAUGCCUCAGAUCCUCGCCGGUCGUUCCUCUACCGCCUGAGCGAAAGGAGUCAACUUCACCAGUUCAAGCAUAUCCUCCUUUGCGGCUCAGGCCAGGACAGAUACGUGCCUCUCCACUCCGCCCGAUUGGAGCUUUGUAAGGCCGCUGCGAAGGAUACCUCGUUGUUAGGUCAAGCGUAUAGAGAAAUGGUCCACAACAUGGUGUCGCCGCUGGCAGCGCGCGCCUCCACCGUAUCCGUGGUGCGAUACGACGUACAGCACGCGCUGCCUCACACAGCCAGCGCGCUCGUCGGCCGCGCGGCGCAUAUAGCAGCGCUGGAUUCCGACCUGUUUAUAGAAAAGUUUCUGUUGGUGUCAGCUCUGAAGUAUUUUAGAUGAAUAUAGGACACACAAGGACUGCGAUGAAAAUGUGUGAAGAAGUUCUGUUUUUUUUUAUUAUAUGUGGUAACUAUUGAAAAUGGAAUGUAUUUUUGAGAUCGUGGCGCACAUAGCAGUGCUAACUCUGACUGUUCAUAGAGAAGUUUCUAUUGGUGUCUGCUCUGAAGUAUUUUCGGAGAACAUAGCAACGAGCGCGAAGAAAUUGAUAAUUUAAAAACGAUGGUUAAUUUUAAAACUUCUUUUGAUUUUUUUUGAUUUGGUCGUUUUUAAAAAUGGAAAAGCUAUCUAGAGAAAAUUACACUUGAGUUACUUUACUAACAUACAAAGACAGUUUGGAUAUUUUAUAAUAACUGGAUCUAUAAUUUCAGUACAUUCAUGGCAUUUUCGCAGAGCGUUCGUUUGUAUGGCAUUUUAAAAGAGCAUUUUCUCUCUCGACAACGAAUUAUUUCGAUAUUAUUUAAUUUAUUUGAGUAGUUUCGAUAGAUUUAAUGAUAAUUAUUGGAAUUUAUUUAAUUUUAUGUUAUCAUUAUAAUAAAUCACCUACAUAGGUACUGUUUGUACGUCAUCACUUCUACGAUUAAUUUACAUAAAUGAUGUCCACUUUUGUAAAUCAGUCUCUUUUCUACAAAUAUUUUUAAAAUAAGCAUUACUAAAAUAAUGUUACACUUACUUACAUACUAGUUGUAACGAAAUAGGUUGCUAAUAAUACUGUAUUAUUAGAGAAUGGGUAACAACAUGACGAUAAAGGACGAGAAGUCUACUCCAAAACCAGAAGUUGAAUGAAUUAUUCUUUUAUUAAAUAAUCACAUACGAAUCCUAAUUGAGAAAUCCUAUUAUUAAUAAACGAAAUAUAAUCUAGUAUUAGUUACUCCAUGUUUUGUCUCUGUUCUCUGUUGUGUUUGUUCGAAUGACAAAUGGGAUAUGCGUGAUAUGAACAAAACACGGCGUAACUAGUCUAAGCUUAGUCCUCGUUUAUUAAUAAACCCCCUUAUUGGAGGGAAGGAGUGGGAACAGACUGUAGAUCAGUGGUUAUUAACCGGUUGUCACCCGAAGUGGUCCGCGAAAUCAUUUGAGAAAUUAUUAUAUUAGUAUUAAGGACGCUAAUUUAUAAAUUCUAGGGAGGUGGUGCAAAUCGUUACUAGGGGUCCGUGGUAAGACAGAAAUUUUGACAAAUGGUCCCUCCUCACUAAAAGGUUAAGAACCACUGCUUUAGAUGAUGAUGAGACUUGGCGAUCUAUGCAAAAUCAGAGACAUUUUUAUACUGCUAGCAAAAAAAACGAUGACUUUUUAUUGCUAUUUAUAUGAGUUGACAGUUUGAUAACAGUUAAAGCUCAACAGAUGUUGUUCUCACUGGUAACGAAUAGGAAAAACAUCCCAUUUGUUACCAGUUCAUAAUCGCUCUCAAUGGAGUUGAGCUCUUAUAAGUUCCUAUAAUUUUGUCGACGCGUGUUGCUUUAAAGUAAGUUACUCAUUUUGGAAUAGACUUUUGGUUUCCAUUUGGUUACUACGAUGUGAUUAUUGUUGUAAGUCCUACGCAAUAUGUAAAUACAGUCUACAGCGCGCCAGGUUACCUACUGCAAUUUUAACAAUCAGUAAAACUCUUUAUCGUACUAAAACAGUUCUAAAAUUAUCUGAGGAUGAAAAUCUGCAUAUAAAUCCGUUUAGUAGUUUUUCCGUUGGAUCAUCGCGAACGUACUCUCAUGAUACAAAAAUAGUAGCAGAUUAUUUUGAUACUGAGAAGGACCUAACUUUAUCCUUAAUCAAAAUAAAUUUGUACAGUAAGCUUGUAUUGCCAUUUAUAUUAAUUUAAACAUAGAGCAAUCAAGACUAAAAGUAAAAGUAGAGUCUGUGCGGAAAGAGAAUGGGCGUGGCGAAAAACGGAACUAACAUUAAGAUUUUUUUUUGGCAAUCAAACCCAGCAAUCUGAAAAACGUCAAAGUUUUGUAUUGAUACGGAUUUGUUUGUUGUUGUGAUAUCUUGCGGUUUUUUGUAUUUAAUCAUGUCUAAAAAGGGUAAAACCGUACAAAUACGGUAGAAAAGCACUACAGCGCCCUCCAAUCUAAAUCCCAUUCUCUUUCCGCACAGACUAUCAACUUUUUUGUUUCAUACUAUUAAUCCACAUAUACCGACAACAAUUGUAUAAUGUAGAUAGGUAGAUAUUUUGUUUUUUUAAUGGACACUUACUCGUUAGUGAAACGUGUGAUAAAAAAAUAUUUAGUAUCCUAAAAUGUAGAGUGAUAUAUGAACAGUGUCGAAUAUAAUAAGAUAAAACCAUUUAAUUAAGUAAGUAGGUAAACUAUAAGACGGAUCUUUACACCAAUUAAUUAGGAAUAAUAACUAGCAACAAUCUACGUUAAUUUUAGGUUAUUGUAUAGGUAGAUGAUGUUACCUUGUUUGUGUUUUGCGUUAAUAAGGAUCUCUUCAGUCACAUUCUCUUAAACAUCUGCUAAGGAAAAAGCUACCUAGGUAUAAUAAAUAAUGCUAUAGGUAAAUAAUUUAUAAGAACACUCUACAAACGAUAUUAGAAAUUUGUGAAAUUGUAAAUCGUAUCUAACUAAGUAAGUAC